AUGCCUAUUUCCCUCUUGAUCACCUCUACUCUUUCACAAUUCUUGAGCUCGUGGCGUCGUCCAAUGAUAAUAUAUGCUGGAGUGUGGACACUCCUUCUCACGGUGACUGUGGCGGUGGCGGCCUUAACCCCGGAAACUACCUUUAUAUGGGCUAUAACACCAACAUCACCGUUUUCAACUGCUUGUAAAUCAGAAGGUAGCUUAAGGGUACCGGUAGACCUUCCAUCGGAUGUCGUUUGCUUGCCGGCGAAGUACUUUCAACGUUCAAAGAUUGAUCUUUUUGUGUCUCCAAUAUUUGCUGCUCUUGUAGUUGCUAGCUCUGCUUGUGUAGUCAGAAGUUUUGGCAUGUGA